AAAUCCAAGCAACGGAAUAAAUCCCGGACAGGAGCUCACAGAGAGACCUCUACAAAAAACGAAAAGCUUAUAAGAGACUUGAAGGAAGAAAAACGGGAUACAUAAUCGGACAAUCAAGGACUUUUGUAUUGACUAUUUUCAGAGAGAAUUUUCCUUUUUAAGGGAUCACUUGAGAUAUCGACAUGAUGCUGUGUGGCAUCUUCUUGCUGUUGAUGCUUUGGAGCUGUGAAAGCGCCAGAUUGGCAGAGAGCCCAGAUGAUAACAGUGUGUAUGACUUAUUUGAUCUGGCCCGGGUAAGCAAGAGACACAAUGGAGUGAGUAUAGUGAAAGGUGCAGAUCCCUACAGCCCUGCAUACAAAGUCCUCAACCCAGACCUGAUCCCCCAAGUCCCCGACAGCUCCCUCAGGGACCUCCUCGACUCCAUCCAGGCUGAGAGGGGCUUCCUCCUCCUGGUCAACCUGAAGCAGUUCAAGAAAACCAGGGGAAGCCUUUUGACCAUCGAGAAGAACGAUGGAUCUGGACCUGUAUUUGAGAUCAUCUCCAACGGGAAGGCCAACACUCUGGAUGUGGUCUACUCCACCGUGACCCAGCAGCAGGUUGUGUCCAUCGAGGAUGCAGAUUUGGCCACCGGACAAUGGAAGAACAUCACCCUGUUUGUUCAGGAUGACCGGGUGCAGCUUUUUGUCGGCUGUGUGGAGAUCAAUAUAUCAGAGAUGGAUUUGCCAAUCUCUCAAGUGCUGACCCCGGAGGUGGCAGACAUUGCCAAGCUCAGGAUUGGAAAAGGAGCUGUAAGGGACAGAUUUAUGGGAGUGCUUCAAAAUGUGCGCUUUGUCUUUGGAACCACUAUUGAUGCCAUACUGAGAAAUAAGGGAUGCCAGAAUGGAGCUACUUUAACUGAUGUCAUGACCCUGGAAAACCCAGUCAACGGCUCCAGCCCUGCCAUUAGGACUGAUUACACCGGGCACAAAGCCAAAGAUGUGCAGUCUGUCUGCGGCUUCUCUUGUGACGACAUCACCGGCAUGUUUAAGGAGCUCAAGGGACUCGGUUUGGUUGUGAAACAGCUGACCUUCGAUCUGCGCAAAGUGUCUGACGAAAGCAAUCUCAUCAGAAACCAAAUGAAAAUCCGCAGUGGCAUUUGCAUCCACAACGGCAUCGUGCACAAUGACAAAGAAGAAUGGACUGUGGAUGGCUGCACCGAGUGCACCUGCCAGAACUCUGCUACUGUGUGUCGCAAAAUCUCCUGCCCUCUGCUCCCAUGCGCCAAUGCCACCGUGCCCGACGGAGAGUGCUGCCCUCGCUGUGACCCAGGCGACGAAGCAGAGGAUGAUUGGUCCCCCUGGUCUGACUGGACACAUUGUUCUGUGACUUGUGGUCGGGGCAUCCAGCAGCGCGGACGUUCCUGUGACCGCAUCAACAACAACUGUGAGGGCACCUCUGUCCAGACCCGUGACUGCUACCCCCAGGAAUGUGACAAACGCUUCAAACAGGAUGGUGGUUGGAGCUUCUGGUCACCCUGGUCUUCGUGCUCUGUGACCUGCGGGGAGGGGGUCAUCACCCGGAUACGCCUCUGCAACUCCCCCACACCCCAGAUGGGUGGCAUGGACUGCCAGGGAGAUGGACGUCAAACAGAAAUCUGCCAAAAGUCCCCCUGUCCUAUUGAUGGAGGUUGGGGACCGUGGUCAAUUUGGGACACCUGCAGUGUUACCUGUGGUGGAGGGUUUCAGACCCGCAAACGUCUCUGCAAUGAUCCCAUUGCCCAAUAUGGAGGAAAGGAGUGUGUUGGUGAUGCUACUGGUUCCCAACUGUGCAACAAAAAGGCCUGCCCAAUUGAUGGUUGCCUCUCCAGCCCAUGCUUUCCUGGCGCAAAGUGCACCAGCUUCCCCGACGGCUCUUUCAAGUGCGGCAAAUGUCCUCUUGGCUAUACUGGGAAUGGCGUCGCUUGCAAAGACAUUGAUGAGUGUAAAGCAGUCUCUGAUGCUUGCCACACACAUAACGGAGUCCAUCGCUGUGAAAACACUCAGCCUGGUUAUAACUGUCUGCCCUGCCCCGCCCGCUUCUCCGGUCCCCAGCCUUUUGGAAGAGGAGUGGAACAGGCAACUGCUAAGAAACAGGUUUGCAAACCCCGUAACCCUUGCCAAGAUGGUAGCCACGACUGCCAUAAAAAUGCAAACUGCAUUUACUUGGGCGUCUUCUCCGAGACCAUGUUCCGCUGCGAGUGCAGGCCAGGUUACGCCGGAAAUGGCAGAAUUUGCGGAGAGGACAGUGAUCUUGAUGGAUGGCCCAAUACUGACCUGCGUUGUGUGGAGAACGCCACCUACCACUGCAAGAAGGAUAACUGCCCCAACCUCCCCAACUCUGGACAGGAAGAUCAUGACAAAGAUGGUCUGGGUGAUGAAUGUGACAAUGAUGAUGACAAUGAUAGGAUCCCCGAUGAUAGGGAUAACUGCCCAAAAGUGUACAACCCCGGACAGUAUGACGCAGACAGAGAUGACAUUGGCGACAGCUGUGACAACUGUGUGCACGAGGCGAACACUGACCAAACCGACACUGACAACAAUGGAGAGGGUGAUGCCUGUGCUAUUGACAUUGAUGGCGAUGGCAUUCUGAACGAGGACGACAACUGCCCAUAUGUUUACAACGAGGACCAGAGAGAUACCGACAGGGACCGGGUGGGAGACCAUUGUGACAACUGCCCUCUGGAGCACAACCCUGAUCAGAUCGACUCUGACUCAGAUCUCAUUGGAGACAAGUGCGACAACAACCAGGACAUUGACGAGGACGGUCACCAGAACAACUUGGACAACUGCCCCUAUAUAGCCAAUGCCAACCAGGCAGACCACGACAAGGACGGCAAGGGUGACGCAUGCGACCAUGACGAUGACAACGACGGCAUCCCUGAUGACAAAGACAACUGUAGGCUGGCAUUUAACCCUGAUCAGCUGGACUCUGAUGGUGAUGGCCGGGGUGAUAUUUGCAAAGACGAUUUUGACCAAGACAAUGUUCUGGACAUCCAUGACGUGUGCCCUGAGAACUUUGCCAUUAGUGAAACAGACUUCCGCAGAUUCCAAAUGGUUCCUCUGGACCCCAAGGGCACCUCACAGAUUGACCCUAACUGGGUGGUCCGGCAUCAGGGCAAGGAGUUGGUGCAGACUGUCAACUGCGACCCUGGCAUUGCUGUUGGUUUUGAUGAGUUCAGCGCGGUGGACUUCAGUGGAACAUUCUUCAUCAACACAGAAAGAGAUGAUGACUAUGCUGGGUUCGUGUUUGGCUACCAGUCCAGCUCACGCUUCUACACAGUGAUGUGGAAACAGGUCACACAGACCUACUGGUCCCACACCCCCACAAGAGCUCAAGGCUACUCUGGCCUGACAAUCCAAGUGGUCAACUCUACCACCGGGCCUGGUGAGCAUCUGAGGAACGCCCUGUGGCACACCGGAGACACCGCAGGACAGGUGCGUACUCUGUGGCACGACCCAAAGAACAUCGGCUGGAAAGACUUCACCGCCUACAGAUGGCAUCUGACCCACAGACCCAAGACUGGACUGAUAAGAGUGGUCAUGUACGAAGGCAAGAGAAUCAUGGCUGAUUCUGGAAACAUCUACGACAAAACAUAUGCUGGUGGGCGACUAGGCUUGUACGUCUUCUCUCAGGAGAUGGUUUACUUCUCAGAUCUCAAAUACGAGUGCAGAGACACAUAAUUGGACUUCAGACUACUCAGAAUGAAGAUAUAGUACAAAACCUGGAUUGAUAUCUCGUCAACUUUUUUUAUUUUGGAAACUGCACAUUGGAGGAAUGAUCAACAAGUGAGCUAAUGUGAGGUAAACUGACCUCAGGACUAUAAGCCAAAUGAAAGUACAAUGAUGAUUCUGCACCAAACUUAAAAUUGUGAGCGCAGCUCUGCUCAGAAGAAAUUGGCCCUCUCACUUUGUUGCUAUGGUCAGCAUUGAAGGGGGGGCCUAGAUGUUAUUGCUUUGCACACCUGAACGGUUGGAGGUUUUCCUCUGUGGAUGAGGGACCAAAGGGAAGCGUGUUCCAUGUUUUAUUUUUUUUUAAGUAUUAUUAUUAUUGAGCAUUAAUAUACAUCUGCUGUGGACUCAAAGAUGCUUUUUCAGUAUGAAAAGAGAGCAGUAGGAGGACUUUCUUAGGCGGGGUUUUAUAUACCCCUUGAAGGAACUGUUGAGGGACCAUGGACAGUAUGGACUGACUGUUACUAUCAAAGAGAGUGAAUGAUGUUGUGCAUUUGUGCAUGUGUGCCACCCAAGAAGCAUAGUUAUGAAGACAACCACGUCAAUUGUUUAUUUCGAUUUAUAUCAACGACCCACCCUCUCGCAGACCUGUGUAUAUCAGGUGUCAUGGUUUAGGUCUGGCCCGAAAUAUUAAUCUUCUCAGGAAAGACCACAAGAAGAAACGAUGAGAGCACACAAUUCAGGACAGCACAGGGCCCCAAAGCAGGGGCACUGACCACUGCUUUGGAAUAGCAAUAAUUAGCUAAUAUUAUGGUAAUACCUCAAAUUUGUAUUGAAUGUGUCAAGGGACGUAAACAGAGAGGGCCAGUCUAUUUCCUGCCAUGAGUAAACCAUAGUAAGUUUGUAUGAUUACACAUUUUAAAGGCUUUAAUUCUCAUUCAUCUCUGCAUCCUUACAUUUUGCCUUUUUUAAAUAAAAUAUCUGCCUCUGGAAAGAUUAGGCGGUUCAUUUGGCCGAUAAAAGUAAAAAAUGUAAUGAUGCUGCACAGUGUGCAUGACUGGUGUGCCUGAGCUUGUGUGUACAUUUCUGACAAGGUCAAAUCAAAGGAAACCCUUUAUGUACAAAUAUUACCUCAUUAAUUCCUUUUGUAUUUAGGUCAGCGAUAGACAAGAAUCAUUUGUCUUAGCAACAGAGUAUAAAUUGGUUGGCUUCUUUUUUCUUUUCUUUUUUAAGCAAGACUUUAGUAUCAUUCAUAUGCUGUAUAUAAGAUAUUUUUGUAGAAGCCCAAGCAGGAUCGUAAAGGAUUAAAGAAAUGUUUUCUUGACUAUGUUUUGCUAUGUGUAUUUCCUGUGCAUUUGUUUUGAUAAAUUAUUUUGUUUGUUUUAUGUGGAGGUUAUUUCAUUUGUGUAGAUAUAUGCUAUUUAAAUAAUUUAUCUAGAAGCGGAGCCUCAUAUGGAAGCGUUUCUGUCUGUAUAAACAUAUUUGCACACUGACAUGAGGAUGUCUUUGUUAUUUUCGUUUUUUGUAUGUUUUUUUUUUAUUAUUAGUGAAGCUUUUCUAUAAACUUUGUACUAUAGUUUCUACCCAAAGUGCUGUUUAUACUCCUACCUGUAUUUUGUAAUGUCAAGUGAACAAUAAACACUUCAGGAUAAAAAGAA